UAUACGCCAUUGGAUCAUCAGUGCAAGAUUUGAAAAAAUACAAACAGCGAAGAUUGGAGGACACGAUCCCUGCGGAUAUAUUAUACUCUCAUCCGUUUCUGAUAAGGAGCGAUGUUAAACGUACUGCUGUACAAUACCUAAUGGAAGGUUUACAAGAAUUUGUGGAUGAAAUUUCUAAACAAGAUUUUACCGUAAUGCUUUCAACGAUUCAGAAGAAAUAUCAAGCGAAAUACUGCAACGGAUGUUCCCUGCGCACAUUGUUACCUGCACACACUAGCAUAUCUGUAAUGUGUCCAUUAGGCCAAAAGAACUGCAACUGUAUUGAUAUUGUAGGGAAAAAACCUUGUCCUUCGCAUUUCUGUGACGCCAUGUAUGAUGAAAUUACCAAACGUCAUCGUUAUUCCGAGCCAUCUUGGUGGAACUCAAACGUUGAAAAAUGGUUUCAGGAGCACUGGGAGAUAGCAAAAUGUUUCAUCAGAUACAGAGAUACCUACAUGGGAUACAGAGAUACCUGCAUGUUAGAAAUGUCAGCUGCAGAGACAAGCACUGAAGGUCUCUUAGAUGUUAUUAUUAACAACAAGGAGCUGCAGAAUUCAGUGUGCUGUGAAAUAGACCCUCCGUCUGACAUAUUUUCGCAGACAAGAACAUUCAUAUCAAACGAAGACGUUACUGAUGACUACAAACUGAGGACAAACAUAGAUCAUAUGAUAUCCAUUCUGACAGAUGGGAAAUAUAUUUACCGCAAACCAGCUGCACAAAAAGCUGUGCGAAACCUUCUAAAGCUCAGAAAAAGAGUGUUUGAAAAAAGAGAUUUUUCUUCAUUUCCUAACCCUGUAUAUGACCCGCAGACCUAUGAAGGACAAUCGUUGUUUGAAGACAAAAACUGGUUAUAUCCAAGUCAGCACCAAUCCAUACACUGUUCACCUACAGAUACCUUGGACGUUAAUGUUCAGUAUACAGAUACUGCACUAACUGCAACCGGACUCGGUGAAAAACACGAUGAAGAAGAAACAGUAUGGUCGAAAAGCAAACACAGUGAGGCUGUUAAGUAUCCAUCUGGUUUUCAUAGUCUACGUACUGAACAUUUAGACAUUUCACAAGACACAUCUUCGGAAACAAAAUUUAAUGAGUUACUUUUGGAAGCUUCAAAGUCAUGCAAAACGAUGGAAGAUGACAGUUCAAAAAUAUCUGAAAAGGAUCUGCUUUGUCUUCAAAGCAAAAUCGAAUAUCUGUCCCAAGCUCUCGAAACCAUACAAACGUCAAACAUAGAUACGACUGAACCUCUACAAUCUGACAAAGCUAAAGAACAAGUAAUGAUGUUUCAAAAAGAGUUCAAAAGUCUUAAAGAUCUGCAGAAGAAAUUCGUUGAUAUCAAGACGAAAUUUCUUCGGGAAAUCAUUAUGAAAGAUUGGCAAUACAAGGCAAAGAAAGAAGGUAAGACUCCCUUUUCUUUAAAAAUAAAACUAAUAUGAACCAAACAUAAAUUUAACGGCUCUUUCAGAAACUUCGUGACAUUGUUUUACUUCUAUUUAUUUUUUUGCUUAUUUAUUUUUUGUUGUCUUUUUUAUAUGCAAUAACAGCAGAUGAUAGUCUUUAAACUUUUGUAAGUAAAUGAAUUUCAACACAUAUCUUCAGUGUUUGUUAAAUUAAAUGUAAGGGCCGUUCGGCCAUUUUUGACAGUUCGACUUUGACAGGUUGCUAUGAAGGUAGUUUUGACUCACUGCUUAACAAAACUAAGCAGUUAUGAGAAAGAAUAUCUAGAUACGAUAUCUAAUCACAUUUAGGCUUGGAAUCUAAAACUAUUGUCACACAAUUGUCACUGGCCCUAGCCUCAGUCGGCAUAACUCGGACGAG